AUGCUUUGCGACAGCUGCGUGCGCCAGAUUUCUUCCCUCCUGAGGAGGGAGACCUGCACAAGGUCAAGAUGCCACGGUCACAGAUGUUUUCUUCCACUACUGAGGCCAUCCCGAUCCCGGUCAAGACUGUGUGGGAGGAUGAUGACUCUGGUAACUUCUGCUGGACAUACGGCAGUGAGGAGCUGGAUGCGCGCGCCGCCUCAACGAGCUGCACAGCUUCUGGCAAGGUCGCGAUUCCGUUUCGGUUCAUACCUUCGCCAGACAUUAAGAAAAUGGUGGAUAACUCGGAGGAGGAGUUCAAGAAAAUCAAGGACCGAAAGACGCCACAAGGAUGGUGUUACCAAGCCAACUUUUGGCGUCUGUUGCAGACAUCCGGGCAGUGCCAGCUGGAGGCAGGCAGAUGCCACAGCAAAAACGGUUUUCUCACGAUCGGGGGUCCCGUGCCAGGCUUACAUGCGCAGAGAAAGUUUACAGAAUCGGGAAUCUGCGAUGCAGUCCUGGAGUCAUGGUUCUUUCCUGACUCCAACUACCAUAGCGUAG